ACCUCCUCGGGACUGUGACUGCUCUACACACCAAUGGGCAGUCUGUCAAGGGGAUCCUCAACGUAACAGUAACUCCAAUAUCUGCUUUGUACAACAAUUUCAGUUCAUCCAUUAUCGUUAAUGCAACCAAAGAGAUUCAUGGGUCAACCCAGUUUCUCUUCCUAAAAGAUGAUCUGAAAUGGCAGCACAGGCCAACAGAUCUUGUGGAUUCUAAGUAUCACACCAAUGAAGGCCUUCGUAUUACAGCAUGGGUUACAGAAAUAUCUACUGGAUUAAUAAUCAAUAAGACAGUGGACGUGCACCUGACAGAAAAUACAUACCGCCUUGAAUUCUACGAUGUCCCACAUGUUCUGAAGCCAUCCUUACACUUUUCCACGAAUCUAAAAAUAUCCAGGUACAACAAUGAACGUCUGACCCAAGUGGAUCUGUGGAACACUGUGCUCGUUGACAUCUUCAAUGGAACAUCCACGUCCAGAGGACAGGAACAACGGCAACCUUUCAACUCUCACACUCUACAAGACAAUAUGGAGGACUUUGAAAUCUAUAUGCGUAUGAACCUCUCGGUUCCUGCGGAUGGGCUGGUACACAUUGAGUUCCGGUUACAGGAACAUGUAGAAAUGCUUUUUGUCCAGGCCACAUACAUGGGCAGUAAAACAUCUCUGGAGAUCUACAGUAGUAAUCACUCCUCUCCCACUGGAUCAUAUGUCCAGAUCCAACCCAUUCACUCUACACCAGAGAUUGGAAAACCUCUUCAUUUAUAUGUAGAAAGUACUUUCCAACUGACAAAGCUCCACUAUGUUGUGACAUCUAUGGGUCAGGUGGUGGCUGCUGGCAUGGCAACCUCUUCCCACUUUGAUCUGAUCCCUGCUGUGUCCUGGCGACCAGAGGCCUGCAUCAUUGUGUACUGUGUCCAACAUGGAGAGGUCAUCAACGAUGCCAUGGAUGUCUUCAUCAAGCCUGAUGGAGUCCUAAAGAACCAAGUAUCACUGAGCUGGAGCAGCAAGAAAGUGAGGCCGGGGGAGGAGGUGUCCCUCACAGUCCAUGUGCUUGAACCCGGCUCCCUGGUUGGUAUUAUGGUGGUGUCUGCGGAGGAUGAGGACAUUGACGGUGACAUCGCAGAAGGGGAGGUUUUAGGGAACCUGACUGAAUACUUCAGGGACAUAGAAAUUCACAAGAAUGGAAUGACUCGAUGGAAGGACAGCCCGCUCUCCAUUUUCACGGCUUCCCACCUGGUAGUACUGACGGAUGCCGGUUUGCAUAAAACAGAAGAUUUAGAAGAUACUGAAACGGAUACUAUGGAGGGAAAGGCACUAAUGAGGGCAGAGCUCUGGGAGAACUGGACUCCCUCCGUGGAACGGGGGUCUGAAACCUGGCUGUGGCUGGACACCAACAUCAGUGAGUCAAGAAGUCUUCACAUGCCUGUUCCAGACAGCAUUACUUCCUGGAGAGCUGUGGCGUUUGUCAUGUCUGAGAACCUGGGCUUGGGCCUCACAUUGAAACCACAGAUGCUAAAGGUGUCCAAGGACUUCUCUCUAUCUCUGGAUAUCCCAGAAUGCAUCACCAGAGGAGAGCAGCUUGUUCUCGAGGUCAACCUCUUCAACCAUCUAGAACAAGACUUGGAGGUCAUUGUUUGGGUUGCUGAGAACCAGAGCUUUCAGGGUGCUGUGGGAGACAAUGACCUUUUCUCUACGGUGAUAGCACGUACAGUGACUUUAAAGAGCAAGUGUGGCGCCGCCACUCUUUUUCCCAUCAGGCCCCUGGUUUAUGGAGAGAUUAUGAUGACUGUUAAAGCUCAAGCUGGACAGGUCUCGGAAGAGAUUGUUCGCAGAGUGCUUGUGAAGCCCGAGGGUAAAGAACAGUGGUUCUCUGAGACACUGUUUCUGGAGGUGCCUCCGUCAACGCGGAACCUGUCCAGACAGCUCCACUUCUCCUUUCCCCAAGAAGUGCUGCCAGGCAGCCAGAGGGCUCACAUAACAGUGGUUGGUGAUGUCUUGGGCCUGUCCAUCGCGGGGCUGGGCUCGCUCGUUCAGAUGCCUCAUGGCUCCGGAGAGCAAAACAUGAUCCACUUCGCACCCGCCGUCUAUGUGUUGCAACACCUGGCACAGUUUAACCAGUCCAAUGAGGGGAUCCGCGGCAGGGCUCUCUCACUCAUGAUGGAAGGUUAUCAGAAAGAACUGUCAUUUCAGAGAGACGAUGGUUCUUUCAGUGCAUUUGGAGACAGAGACAAGUCUGGCAGUACCUGGCUGACAGCAUUUGUCCUGAGGUGUUUCCUGCAGGCCCAGUCCUUUAUGGAGAUUGACCAGAGUGUUGUCACAAGGGCCCUGGGCUGGUUGGUUCAGCAGCAGAGAUCCUAUGGAGAGUUUGUUGAGGUGGGCACGCUCAUAAACACUGAGCUGCAGGGAGGCCUGGAUGGACCCGUCUCUCUCACUGCAUACGUACUGAUGACAUUGCUGGAGGACAAGAUCUACAUGAGCAUGUUUCAAGCAAACGUGUCCAUUGCCAAGACCUUUCUGGAAGACAGAGUGGCCAGCGGGGUGUCCAGUAACUACAGCCUGUGUCUGGUGGCCUACGCCCUGUCUCUAGCCAACAGUCGUGUGGCCGACAAAGUCUUGACGGAGCUCAUGAGGAGAGCUGAUUUCAGAGAUGGUGUCCCAGCCUGGAGGACGUCUAGCGUAGAGGUAACUGACUCGUGGCAGCCACGCGCAGCAGAUAUAGAAAUGGCGGCCUAUGUACUGCUGGCCCUAAACCAGCAGGCCAGAAUUGAGGAAGGCUUCGACCUCAUGAAGUGGCUGAGCCAGCAGAGGAACCACCUGGGAGGUUACGGGAGCACACAGGCCACAGUGGUGGCCUUAAAGGCUCUGUCUGUCUAUGCUGCUUUAAGUGGAGCACAUGCCAUUGAUUUGGAGAUAGAAGUGUCUACAUCAGCCUCUCCUAAGCUGUCCCACUUCAUCAUCAACUCCUCAAACCACCUGGUUAACCAGAACAAAGAGAUAGACGCUGAAAAUGAUUUAGUCAUCGACAUAUUUAUGGAGGGGAGAGGAUUCGCCUUGUUUCAGCUGAAUGUUUUCUACAGCAUGAAGUACAAAGUGCUAUUUGAAAUGAGCCCCGCUAACAAAGAGGAUGAAAGUUUCUCUCUCGACGUCAAGGUGAUUGAUGACGAGAAUGACCUGGACCAUAUUAUGUUAUCUGUAUGCACCAGUCUUUUGGCGAGCCAGAGGAUAGCUCAGACAGGUAUGGUGCUGUUGGAGGUGGGCGUGCUCAGUGGCUUUACUCUGGCCCCAAACGCCGUUGCCGUGGGAGACCUGAUAAAGAAAAUAGUGAAUGCUUCUGGAAAAGUUAUCCUGUAUUUAUAUUCACUGACCACAAAAGAGGUGUGCAUCAAAUUCCCAAUGAUAAGGGUGUUUAAAGUGUCUCGUGUGCAAGAUGCUGUUGUUCAGGUCUACGACUACUAUGAACCUAGUGAGUAACCGUCAAAACAGAUAAUCAGCCAUUAAGACAGUCAUCCAUUCUUAU